AUAUCAUCACCUCAGUGAUUCACAUACACUGUGCACUCUGUCUCUUUCUCGCUGUGUGUCGGUCGCCCUCCUCUACCCUCACACACGUGUCUCUCCGCGUUCACACAAACAGUCAGGCAGCGAGUCUGCGCUGUUUGGUGUGGGAUUUCUCUUGGUUAGUUUUUUAUGUUAUCAGGGGAGCAGAUGAUAGGAAAGAGGGAGAGGAGGAGGAGGCUGAGGAGGUGAGACAGCUGUCUUCCUGUACGUAAUGUGGAGUAGUUUCAUGAGUCGAGGAAGUGGGAGUGGUGCAGUGGGCGGAGCGUUGCCAGGUCUCAUAGGUGCCACUGGUCCCUCAGUCAUGAUGAAACCCUUUCUGCCGUUUCCUGUUGAGACAACGUCACCAGUUGGACUUUUCCCAAACUUCAACACGAUGGACCCGGUGCAGAAGGCUGUCAUCAACCACACCUUUGGUGUUACCAUGAUGGCUCAAAUACAAAACUUAAACUUUUCUAUUUCUACAUCUCAGUCUCAGGCUGAGGCUCAUUACAGAGGAAGUCGUCACGCAAAGAAGCUCAAGUCUCAGGAGAACAAAGCCAAGGCUAAGCUGUCAAAUUCUGCAGAAACCAAUGGGAGCGUCUGUAAUCCUGCUGGCCCCGCCCCUCUUGUCUCAGCUGUCCCCGUCCCUCUUGUCUCAGCUAACAGCAGCACUAAUCAACACACAGAUUUCUUAUCCAGAACCGCAGACACUCCGUCUCCUGUCAAAUCUUUCCUCCUCCCCUCUACCUCCCCUCUCUCUUCCUCCUCCCCCUCUUCUAGUAGAGCAGGCAGUGAGCCUCCUCCAUCCAGCCCCCCAUCGGGACUCCCAGCUCCAGGCCUCUCUUCCUCUUCGUCAUCCUCUUCUUCCAAAGUGUCUUCCGCUUCCGCUCCCGCUCCUGUCACCACCUUGUCUUGCCCUGCUCCCCUUCCACCUGCACCCUCCCAGGAUGCUUCACCUUCAGUGGAGUCAGAAGAGGAGAAGGCGAAAAAGCUGCUGUAUUGUUCUCUUUGUAAAGUCGCGGUCAACUCGCUCUCUCAGCUGGAGGCGCAUAAUGCAGGAUCAAAACAUAAAACAAUGCUGGAGGCUCGUAGUGGCGCUGGGCCGAUCAAAGCCUACCCUCGGCCUGGAGCAAAGCUGAAGAACGGCAGCAGCUCGGGACUGAAGGGCUCCGGCCUGCAGAACAAAACCUUCCACUGCCAGAUCUGUGAUGUCCAUGUCAACUCUGAGAUCCAGCUUAAACAGCACAUCUCCAGCAGGAGGCACAAGGACAGAGUGGCAGGAAAACCCAGCAAACCCAAGUACAGUCCUUACAACAAACAGCAGCGCGGCUCACUCACUAAGGAGCUGGUGAAGCCUGCGCUCUCACCUUCAUUCCUCUCCACUCCUUUUGCUCCACCAUCUACUCCGCUCACCCCCUCUCUAUCACUCCCUCCAUCCUCUCUGUCCUCUUCCCCCCUCCUCACACCCACGUCCUCCCCCCUCACACCUGCGAUCUCUAUCCACCCUCGCCCUCCGGCCUCUUCCCCCCUUUUCACAGCCUCCUUCCUCCGUCCAGCACCUGGACCAAUCAGAGCGAGCCAAGGAUCGAUUCUCUUCACGCCGUACUGAUGCCAGCAGAAGCGGGAAGUCAUACCAGCGAACUUUGACCUCUGACAUGCUUUUUGUUGCCACUACGGGGACAUGGGAGACAUCGCAUUAAGACUGCAGGGAUUCAAACCUGCAACCUCCCCGCUAAGAAAGUUGUGAACUGUGAACUGCCUCUUGCCGACCAGAAGAGGGGAUGUACGUUUAAAUAAUCCUGAACCUGGAUGAACGAAAAAACAGAAUAAAAAAUAACAAAAGAGUUCUUUCAUUGAGACAUGUGAAGUUCCUGGAAACCAAAAAAUACUGAAGUUGCUCAACAUUGUUUAGAAAGCACUAAGUGACCGUAGAGACCUGCAAAAUCUAAAACACAGGGCCCACCUUAGAGAAAGCCAAGUCGAGAACAAAUAUCCGUUUUUAGCAGCCUGCAUUGGCCAAAAAAAUAGGCUUUUAAUGUAUUUUGAUUUGUCAGAGCUGACGAGACACUGAAUCUAAAGACAACCCAGAACCUGCUCCCAAACUCUUACCAACACAGGUAACAGUGCUGUUACUCAUUUUUUGGGGGGGUUAGGUUUUGAGGAAGUUUGGACGUUUUGAUGAGGCCAGACACUAAAGCUGAUGGGAACAUUUUGCUCGAGAUCCCAGCUCGGGUUCUCCCUCAGAGGUUGAAGAGGAUUGGAGGAGCUGUUCUAUCACCUGCUCGAGGAGCUUAGCAGCACAAAUAAGACGUCAGAAACUCAGCAGACGUCGUCUAUCGUGACCUAACACUACUGCAGCUGUCAGCGUGCCCUCACUCAGACGCUACUCUCGUGUUUCACAUAUACAUAAUUCCUGAAGAAAGUAAAAAAAAGUUGAAGGAUGGAGUACACAGCAUUUUGUACUUAUUGUCAACAAAUCACAUGAAAAUACUAAAACCAGCCAUGCUUGUUCAUCUCUAAAAACAGUUAGACGUCCUGUCGUGCAGCUCCGAAACCUACAUGGUUUACAAUAAAACCUACAUGGUUUUAUUUAUUAGUGGGGACACAGUGGUGUGAACUGUUUGGUUGAACAGGCGGCCUGUUUUCAGCCUCUGCGAUUGUUUGACCUACUGAUCUGUUUGGUGAUGUCAUUAAAACCUUAUUAUUUGGUUACUGAUGUAUAAAAACUUGACCAAAUAUUUCACUUUUCUCCUUAAAAAAGAGCAGAAAUAAAUAAAAUAGCUUUUUAUUCACCUGUUUUUCAGUUCUAAUAUCUCCCUGCAUCCAAACUGCCAGGCAAGUAUGCAAUUCAAUUUGUAAAAUGUUUCUGUUUUUUGUCCCAAAACAAUUACAUUUUGAUACACGUGAGCUACGUAAAUACUAAAAUCAGCUUUAAAAUCCUUAAAAAGUGUAAAACAUCUGCAACUGGUGACAUGACCUGACACAGCACUACAGCACAUCCUGCUCUGUCCUCAGUGGCGGCUACAGCUUCACCAAGUUGCACUAAAGCAGAUAUAUUCUUUAGUGGAAACAUGAAAAGCAGUUUAAACCAGACAGCUUCUCGGAUCAACAUUGUCACAUAACCGUUAAUGGUUAUCCAAAGGUUUGCUCAUCAUUGUCUCCGACUGUUUUCUGCUUUCUGUGUGACUAAUGUGUGACUAGUGUCCCCGUGUCCUGUCCACCUGUCUCCGCUGCCUGUUGAAAAAUGAUUUUGGACUCUGGAUGGAGAAAAGGGCCUUCUGUCUGAUUCUUUUGUUUUAUUGAACCUUCCUGCUGUCACUGAACUUUCUGGAGUUUGAAGCAUCUGAGCAGAACUUUUCUGAAAGCUGAAGAGUUGGAGAGACGUUUUAAAACAUUACUAGAACUUUUCCACAACCUGCAACUAAGCUCACGGACUCUCAAUCGAUAAAACAAACUUUUACCUACAGCUUUAAUUAAUGCUUCUCUGGUUAUUUUUGUGUUCUAAUUAUUUAUUUUACAUUGUGUGUUGUAUAUAUUUACCUAAAGCUUUUUCUUGAUUUUUCAAUAACUGCUUAAAUUAAGACUUUUGGUCCAUUUAUCACUCUGGUCCAGGGAUGGUUAUCUCAAGGUGCGCGAUGAACCCAUUAGCUUUUAAGCUUUCUUUGGCCUUCAUAUUACCUUUUUUCAUCAUCACUCAAAGGUCCACUUCUUGGCUGUUUUCUGAAGCUCCAGCUACAUCUCAGAGCUUUGGGUGAAGUGAGGUGUGUUUUUGUGUUUUUCACUUGUUCUUUAUAGUCCAGCUCUGUUACCCAGGAUAAUAAAAAUAGACUUGAUCUAGGAGCAGAGAAAAAUCUGUGUUGUCAAACUCACUGAGUGUGUGAAUACACGCCAGCAUCGCAGGAUAUUUAUCCAGUCUUCCAAGAACAACAGGAAAGUGAAAAUUAUGCCAUCCAGAAGAGCUAAAAUGUUUUUUUGGCCACAAAACCUUGAGUAAAAACACGACUUUACCCCGGCUCGCUUAAUAUGUGAUACACAGAGGGGCCUGUUUUCUUGGCUUUUACUUGUUCUACGUGCUUCGUUACUUAUUCAGUUUUAAUGAGUAACAAUAGUCAAAUCCUGUCUUUAACCUCCUAAGACCCGAACUCUUCCACGACAUGCAUUUU